GAGACACUCAGUGGCUUGACUCCAGCAAACUUUACCCCAGUCAGGGAGUUGGAAAUACAACAGGUGGGGGAUUCACAGCUCGAAACAAUCCAACACCUGGAAUAUGACUUCCUGCCGGGAAUACACGGGCUUCAGUACUCGAUCAACGCUCGUUAGACAAUCACUCGGGGCUUAAAGCCACUCACGAGUAUAACGUUAUUUAUCCCGGUUUCUGGAGAUCAUUAGCUGGAUUUUUCGUCAUGUUCUCCACUAAUAAGUUGUCCGGAUUAUUAUUUUGAGAUACAAUUUUUUUUUUCGUUUUCAGUCAGUGAAUUAGUUGGUGGCAAUUGUUGGAGGAUAGUUUGAGAUUUGUUGUAAUUAAUUUAAGUGACAUAAUGGUACCAUACAGGGGAUUAAUUGGAAUUCUCCUCGUCGUUUUCCUGGCAAAAGGGAGUCAUUCUUCAGGAUGUGGAUACCCAGGUGCACCGGCACACAGCACCAUCCGCUUCACCGAUGGUGGCCUCGACGAGGUGCUAGAUGAAGAGGAGGCCUUGAUCAAGGAUACAAUGUUUUCAAUUGGUACCGUUGCUAUUUAUUCCUGCGAAAGGGGAUUUGAAUUGCUCGGUCCGGCGAGACGUCGGUGCCAGAGUGAUGGGACUUGGACACCCGAGGGUGUACCAUUUUGCGUGUUGAACGUAGCCGGUGGAAAGGCACCGAUGCAGAGUACAAGCGCUGAGAAUGGCAUACCCCAGCGUGCUGUUGAUGGUAGCAGUGGACAAGUCUACACACCUCAGACUUGUACGUUAACAAGGCCCGAGUUACGACCCUGGUGGUACGUCAAUCUCCUCGAGCCCUACAUGGUCCAGCUCGUGAGGCUAGAUUUUGGCAAAUCCUGUUGCGAUGGGGCACCUGGUACCAUUGUUGUACGUGUUGGAAAUAAUAGGCCAGAUUUGGGGACUAAUCCAAUUUGCAACAGAUUUACUGGACCCCUUGAAGAGGGACAACCCCUGUUUUUACCCUGCAAUCCUCCCAUGCCUGGUGCAUUCGUCUCAGUUCAUCUGGAGUCUGCUGCCACUGCACCAGCACCAGUGCAAUUGUCCCUCUGUGAGGCUUUCGUUUAUACGGAUCAGGCACUUCCAAUUGAAAGAUGUCCACAAUUCAGAGAUCAACCACCCGGCUCCACAGCGACCUACAAUGGUAAAUGUUACAUAUUUUACAAUCGUCAGCCACUACAGUUCCGGGACGCUCUAUCCUUCUGUCGGGCCCGAGGUGGUACCCUAGUUGACGAAAGUAACCCAGCAUUGCAAGGUUUCAUUUCCUGGGAAUUGUGGAGGCGACACAGAAGUGACACAUCGAGUCAAUAUUGGAUGGGUGCGGUGAGAGACCCUAAGGACAAAUCUGUCUGGAGGUGGACCGGAAGUGGUGAUGAGGUGUCAGUGUCUUUCUGGAGUCUUCCCCAGGGGACUGAAGAGGAGUGCGCGAGAUACGAUGGGAGCAGAGGGUGGCUAUGGUCAGACACUCCCUGCAGCUCCCGGCUCAAUUACAUCUGUCAACAUCAACCACGAGCUUGUGGACGUCCCGAGCAGCCUCCAAACUCAACAAUGGUUAUCACAAGUGCUGCAGAAAAUCCUGCAAAUAAUUAUCAAGUCGGUGCAUCAGUCUCCUACAGCUGUAGUUCAGGAAGUCUAUUGAUUGGACCAUCGACACGCACCUGUUUAGACACUGGUUUCUACAACGAAUUUCCACCUGUAUGCAAGAGUAUCGAGUGUGGAUAUCCGGCUAGUAUCAAACAUGGAGAGUACACACUCAUUAAUAAUACCGUCAUGUUCCUGAGCCAAGUGCUUUACUCAUGUGAAGAUGGAUAUGAAAUGACUGGUCGUGCUAGGCUCACCUGUGACAUCGACGAACGUUGGAACGGACCUCCACCUCGCUGUGAGCCCAUUCGUUGUGAUCCUCCUCCAACCGUCUCCCACAGCACAAUUCAGCUCGAUGAAAUUGAUGUCGAGGAGAAUUUAGUGAAGAGUACAAAUCGUAGUCUUUUAGUCGGUAGUGUUGUUAUUUAUACUUGUGAGAAGGGGUAUAGACUGACUGGACAUCGACAGAUUUUGUGUUUGCCAACGGGAUUGUAUGAUCAUGCUGCACCAACUUGCACAGAAGAACCUAAAGUAACAUCAGUCCUACCAAAAGUGACCCUCAGGCCAGCGAGCACCCGAGGCAAGCCAGUGUUUCCCACAAGAACUCGUUCAACAACAACCCCCUUACCACCCUCGACGAUAACUCCAGAAUCAACUCCACCUCAAAGACAUCCACCUCAUACGGCGGAGGUCCCAGCCACAAUCAGAGAGACCAUCCACAAGAGACCGUCGAUCGGUCUUCAGAGGCCCGUAGCACCAUCUCAAGAUACUCCAGAAGAAUUUUCCGAGACUCAUCCCCAAGAUAAUGAGAUCUCCGGGAGUUCAGUGGACAAUGCAAGGGCUAAAAUAAAUACAGGAGUCUCAGAGCCCAAUGGGCCCUUCCGAGUUGAUCGUUCAGACGCUCCAACUCAUCAAGCCAAACUCAAUCUUGGGGCAGUCAUCGCCCUGGGCAUCUUCGGUGCCUUUGUAUUUCUCGCAGCAGUCAUCACCACUGUUGUAAUCCUCAUCCGAAGAACACGAGGAAGAAGCAGUAAACAUUACCGCCACCGAGCCUCCCCCGACUGCAAUACAGUGGCUAGUUUUGACAGCAGCUCAUCAGAGUCCCGAGGAGUCUUGAACAGAUACUACAGGCAGGCCUGGGAGAAUUUGCACGAGACAUCAGGACAGAAGGCAAGUCAUCCACCACUGCGACGUAAAGAAACCCUGGAUGAGCCAAGCUAUCGUGAAAACUAUCGUGGCGAUAAUGUUUCUGAAGUUGGGGAAAAUGGUAAUGCAUUUGCCGGGAGCAAACACGCUGGGGAUAAGAAGAGACAUCAUCAUCAUCACCAUCAUCAUCAUGGCAGUACCAAUGAAUGGCGACAGUCUCAGUCUCAUCACAGAUACUGAGACGCAUCUACUGAACGUUUUCUUUCGAUUCACAUGAUGUUGAAGAUAAUUCCUUCAAGUAAUAACUUUAUUACAAUGAGAGAAACAAUAAUAAGCUCAAAAAGUUUCAUUUAAACCGAAAAAAUUAUGAUUAAAAAUGACGAAAACAGGUGUUCGUUCAUUUGAACAAAUAUGAACAUUCCAUACGAAUAGAUAAUAUUAAAUAGUUAAUCGCUAUCGAUUUUUCCAAAGAACGUUCGAUGACUUAACAUAUUGCAUUUUCAUAAAUUAUUCAGUUACCACAAUUUUCCGUCUCCAAAUUCUUUUCAAACAUUCAGUAGGAUGUUACAUUCCUCAUAAUUUUAAAUUUGUGAUUUUUUUGGUUUAGAUGAGAUUCAUUUGAGAACAAAGUGUUUUUCUAUCAAUGUACGUUAAUCAUCCUAAUUUUUAUAUCCCUUUGUAAAUAACUGUAAUGCGUUUUACGGUUCGUAACGGGCGCCGAUCCGUUCGAUGGAACAUGCCAAAAAGAGAGAGACACACUCUAGAUAAUAUAUUAUAUGUACUUGAUUAUGGUAAUUCGAUCUAUUCGGAUUCUCCAACUGAUUGAUCAUUUUUUCUUUAUUCCUGUCCAGUGAAUUGGUGAUUCAAUUUGUAAUGACCGCCUUGGCCUUACCUUAUUGAGAGUCUAAGAGACUCAAGGAAAGGCUGACGUUGUUCAUUCGAAUGCGAUAUGAAAUUAUUCGUCAUUACUCUAUUAUUUUUCUUCAUUCGAUGAUGACUGAAUUUCCAUGAGAAUAAUUCACUCCGUAAUAAUACUUUGAACAAUUAUUUUACUUUUUUUUUCGUAGUAGUGCCAUUAAUCGGCAGUUUCAUUCUGUUUACUUACGUAUACUUAAUCGAAUUUACCAGUGGUGUGUAACGAACGUUUGGAGAAUCAUUUAUUUUAACGUCUAUGUAAAGAUAUGUUCCCUGUAUCCUGUGUAUCUAUUAUAGAGAUUAAAGAAUAUAAUAUACGCGAUAAUAAAUAUCAUGAAUAUUAUUA